CCCUGCUGCUGAGCCGGGGCUUUCAGUAUGGCCCCUUGCCAGGGGAGGCUUUAAAAGGGUGGGGGCGCGUGGCUCCUCUCACUCUCACGGCAGGACAACCCAAGGGCAUCAAAGCAAGACAAGAUGACUCACCAUUGCACCAAGUUCUCCGGCCACUGGAAGAUCAUUGUCUUUGAUGAGGAGUGCUUCCAGGGCCGUCGCCAUGAGUUCACCUCUGAGUGUUGCAAUGUUAUGGAGUUUGGCUUCGAGACUGUGCGCUCCCUGAGGGUGGAGAGCGGAGCCUGGGUGGGCUAUGAGCACGCCUCUUACCAGGGACAGCAGUUUGUCCUGGAGAGGGGAGAGUACCCCCAGUGUGAUGCCUUCGGAGGUAGCAAUGCCUAUCACAUUGAGAGAAUGACCUCCUUCAGACCUAUUGCCUGUGCUAACCACAGAGAGUGUCGUAUGACUAUCUAUGAGCGUGAAAACUUCCUGGGCCGUAAGGGUGAGCUUAGCGACGAUUAUCCCUCCCUCCAGGCCAUGGGCUGGUGCAACAAUGAAGUUGGCUCUCUCAGGGUCCAGUCUGGAGCAUUUGUGUGCUACCAGUACCCUGGUUAUCGUGGAUACCAGUAUAUCAUGGAGUGUGAUCGUCACUGUGGAGAGUAUAAACACUUCAGGGAGUUUGGCUCCCACUCCCAGACCCCUCAGAUCCAGUCCAUCCGCCGUAUUCAGCAGUAACAACUUACUCCAAACUCUUCCUCCCAUGGACCCUUCACCACUGAUUCCCAGUGCUGAAUAAACUGUCUUUC